AUGCUGCGCUGCGGCGAUCAUUCGAGAAGCCGACCGGUAGAUUGCCUGGCGGCGGAAUUAUCUCCGCUGAUUGAAAAUCUCGCAGCCGUGUACGGAAGAGAAACUGACCUCAAGGAGUUGCUACCUUUCCCUAUACAUUGCCCGGCUUGUCAGAAUCCGCUUGCUGAAUGCAGAAGCUCGGCAGCUGCUGCAAUCAUAGUCGACCUGGCUGGCAUUGUGGAAAAGCAGCAUGUCCCAUUACGCUGCAGGCGUCCAUCCUGCCCUGGCUUUGGGGUGCUGUAUUGGCACAACUACAGGGUGCGUGAAGGGCGGCAUGUUUUUCAUGGAAAGCUACCAGGCUUCCGUUGCUUCAUGCUAUCUUCUGUUUUUGGCUUUAGUGUGCCGUGGCUUCAGCAGUUCCAUGCUGGCCUGGUCAGGCAGCACGCGUCAUUCACUAGUGAAGCGGAUGUGCUCACUGCGCGGGCUGCCCGCCUACGUCUGCUCAUCAGCCAAGGUUGGUUUACAUGGCGCCUUCUCACAAGGGCACUGGGGGCAGAUCUGAACCUGUCUGAGAUGGACUUUUUGAAGCCUUUGGAAGACAUGGUGGCCCUUUUCUUGCCGCAGUUGCAACACACAUUUGGACAGAAUAUGUUGCAGGCAGCACAAGAAGCAGGCAUGCGCUGCGAUGUGGUGGUCCUCGAUGGCAACGCCAAGAAUCGGAGGGCUGUGUGUGCAGCAGCUUUGGCCGGACGUCGGCCUUCCGCCAUGCUUUUUGCCGUUGGCAUUGCGAAGGACCUAUGGACGGAGAAGAUCACCUUCAGGAUCAGUCGCAAAGCCUUGGCGAAGCAUCUUCUCCAUUGCCAUCAGCUUCUCGGCCUGCGGGGACAAACAGUCCUGCAGACCUGCAGCAGCUCUCAGACUCCACAGAUCUCAUGUCGGUCACCUGUUCUACGCACAAAGAAAGCACAGCUGCCCAAAAGCCACGCAGAAACCUUGGGGCAAGCGUUGGAUGCUGUCAUCCUGAAGCAGUGGAAUCAAGAUUGGAAGAGAGCUUGCCAGAGCCGGCAGUGCAAGAUGGAUUGCCAGGUAUUUGCGGCCAAAAAUACUAUCAGCUACAGUGGCAGCUCCACGCCAGAAGAAUGGUUUCAUCGUUGCUCCGGAGACUGGGACCAAGUCCGGAACGCGGACAAGUUGCCAGGUGACUUCUCGGGCCGGUGUUGGUACGGCUUACUCGGCAACUUUGAUGAAGCCUACGACUUCUUGCUCAGUCUUGUGCUUUUGUCAGAUCCCAGCACAUCUUCCAAGGACAAAGCAAAAUCGAAGGUGAACCCGUACCAGAGCGCUUUCAACAAGCUGCUGCAAUUCGGCUCCAGCGUCAGAGAAUGGCGCGAGGCCGGCUUCGCAGAUGCAGGCGUCGUGCAGCUCACGCAGAAUGCUGCCCGGGAGUACGUGCCAUCAGAAGAGGGAUACCCAGUUAGGCUUUUGGAUGGCAAGCUCAGCCGGCUCCGUUUCAAGCGUGACCAAUCCGCUCCAAACGGCUUUGAGCAGCCAACCGCAACUUUGCCAUUCCUGAGGAAUGUUCCAUUCACAGCAGUGGCCCGACUGACGGCAUACUUCUCAGGGCCGCACCAAGUCAUCACUCUCACUGCGGAAGCAGAGUCGUGGCACUUGUCCUACCAGGGCGCCAUGAAUGUUCAGAGCCAUGUCGUUCGUGAGCCUGGGGACGUGCAAGCUGGUGCUCGUUUUGGUGCAGCUCCUUGGCAAGUAGGCGUCCUGGCAGCCUUGCUCUUGGUAUUCGAGAUCUUUGUUGGGGCCCAUUCCGUUGAAGCUCUUCAAGCAAAAGCUUUGCAGGUCACUUCUCAGCAUUUGCAACGUGCCUACGCUGUUCUCCAUCUCGUCCUCUAG